AUGGCGGCGGCCGAGCAUGCGAUCACCAUCAGCGAUGAGUCAAUGGCAAUGGAGCUGCCAUCUCUCCCGCCCAACCAGGGCGUUGAGGCGAUGAAAGAUAUUAUCUUCGGAUCGACGGCAGGCAUGGCUGGGAAACUCAUCGAGUAUCCCUUCGACACGGUCAAAGUCCGACUCCAAUCCCAACCAGAGCACCUCCCCCUUCGAUACACCGGACCGCUGGACUGCUUCAAGCAGUCUUUUCAGACAGAUGGCGUUCGGGGAUUAUACCGGGGGAUCAGUGCCCCCAUGACCGGGGCCGCCGUGGAAACCAGCUGUCUCUUCUUUAGCUACCGCAUUAUCCAAGACACACUGCGGGCCACCGUCUUCCCGGGGGUGGAGCAGUUGCCCUUCGCGGCUCUGCUUCUCAGUGGCGCCCUGUCCGGCUCCAUCACGUCGCUGGCCCUCACGCCCAUUGAACUGAUCAAAUGCAAAAUCCAAGUCCCCCUAGAGUCUGCAGGCCACAAGCCCCCUGGGCCACUCGCCAUGGUCGUGACCGUUUUCCGCCAGGAGGGAUUAGGAGGCUUCUGGCGCGGCCAGCUGGGAACCCUGAUUCGAGAGACCGGCGGUAGUGCCGCCUGGUUUGGUGGCUACGAGGGAGUCUCGUCGCUGCUCCGCAGCUACUCCCAAUCUGGCGCUCCAGGGUCCGCCGAGGCUCUCCCUGUGUACCAACAGAUGAUCGCCGGAGCGACGGCAGGAAUCAGCUACAACUUCCUGUUCUACCCGGCGGAUACCAUCAAGUCGCGGAUGCAAACCGCUGACAUUUCGACCAUGGCCGCCAACGGGGAGCGGCAAACCUUUUGGAGCGUCGGACGCGGGCUUUGGAGACAGCAAGGCCUCAAGGGCAUGUACCGCGGGUGCGGGAUCACCUGUGUGCGCUCGGCGCCCAGCUCGGCCUUUAUCUUCUCCGUCUACGAAGGAUUGCGAGCUUAUUUUGGAUGA